CGUUCAGGAGGAGGCAAUCUGCGUCAUGGUCCAUUGAUCAACGGUCCAGGGAAGCCGCUCAAGUCCCAGACAAGAGAUUCAGAUUUCUUGGAGCCAUGAGGAUCACUCGGAUCUUUACAGUUCUCCUGAUAAUUCUUCCUGUUGCGCUCAUAUUAUUGAUUAUCUUUCAAUAUGAGCCGCAUGAUCAUGUCAGUGCACUUGCAGAAGCCAGAGUUAUGGAAGUGAGAGCUCUACCUCAGGUGACGUCAACCCUCCAGGAACCACAAUCAAAUGUUGCAUCACUUGAGGAUCAAAAAGGAAAUGGCGGAUACGUUGAUGAUCAAAAGAGAAGCGCUGCAUCACUUGGUUUACAGAGUUCCUCACAACAUCUUAAUGUGUCUAUAGACAAACUGCUUGAUGGACUUCUUGCUGCUGGUUUUGAUGAAGAUUCUUGCUUGAGUCGGUACCAAUCAAUUUUAUAUCGCAAAAUUUCACCCCGCAAGCCUUCUCAAUAUCUCCUUUCUAAACUUAGAAAAUACGAAGAUCUUCAUAAACGUUGUGGACCCAGUACUCGAUCUUAUUAUAGAGCUACAAAGUUACUUGAGUCCAGUCAGAACAUUGGUUCUGCAGACUGUAAAUACGUUGUAUGGAUGUCUUACAGUGGUCUGGGUAACAGGAUAAUUACCAUAGCUUCUGCAUUUCUUUAUGCUCUUCUGACAGAUAGAGUCCUCCUUGUCGAAGGCGGAGAGCAGAUAUCUGGUCUCUUCUGUGAACCAUUUCUAGAUACAUCGUGGUUACUACCUUCCAAUUUCCCUAUAAUCAGUCAAUUUAGUAGCUUUGAUCAGAACUCUGCCCGCUGCUAUGGGAAGAUGCUGAAGAAAAACAUGAUAAAUGCUUCAAUUAAAUCAUUGCCACCUUAUAUAUAUCUUCAUCUGGCUCACAACUAUGAUGAUUAUGACAAAAUGUUCUUCUGUGACAGGGACCAAGCUUUUAUUGGGAAAGUCCCUUGGUUGAUUAUGAAGACAAAUAACUAUUUUGUCCCCUCUCUUUUCUUGCUCCCAUCUUUUGAGAAUGAGCUGCAAAAAUUAUUUCCAGAUAAAUCAACCGUUUUCCAUCACUUGGGGCGUUAUCUUUUUCAUCCUACAAAUCAUGUCUGGGGACUAGUCAAAAGAUAUUACCAAGCAUACCUAGCCAGAGCAGAUGAGAGAAUUGGCAUUCAAGUGAGAGUUUUUGAUGAAAAGACUGACAAGUUUUUACGUGCAACUCAUCAAAUUAUUGCCUGUACCACGAAGGAGAAAUUGCUACCUGAAGUAGACAAGAAAGAAUCUGCGGUUGUUGCAUCUGCAAACCCAAAAACGAAGGCUGUUCUAGUUACAUCUUUAACUUCUGGGUAUUAUGAAAAUCUAAAAAGCAUGUACUGGGAAUAUCCAACUGUGACAGGGGACGUGAUUGCAGUUCAUCAGCCAAGUCAUGAAGGGCACCAGCAGACAGAAAAGCUUCUGCACAACAAAAAGGCCUGGGCGGAAAUCUAUCUCCUCAGCUUGACUGAUUCAUUGGUCACUAGUGCAGGAUCCACAUUUGGUUAUGUGGCUCAGGGUCUUGGGGGUUUGAGGCCGUGGAUUCUUUACAAGGCUGAAAAUGGAACCAACCCGGAUCCUCCUUGUUCUUGGGCUAUAUCUAUGGAACCUUGUUUUCAUGCUCCCCCCUUCUAUGACUGCAAAGAAAAGAGAGGAAUUGACACAGGGAAGCUUGUCCCUCAUGUGAGACAUUGUGAAGAUGUGAGCUGGGGCCUUAAAGUGGUUGAUGAUUGAUGAAGGUUGAAGUGCUACACAUCUCCUUUGCAUAUUGUUUGAGUAGAAGUAGCAAUAAUUUGCCUGGAAAGGGUUGGUAAUUGGUCCAUCAUAGGAUCAUUUCUUUAAACGGUAUCUUUUAGUAUUCUUGCAUUGCAAGAUACGAAUGUAAAAUGAAAUCAAAUAGACUACGUA